AUGUCCUUUAUAGCAGAUCUCACUACCAUUGGAAUGAUCCUGUGUGGAGUGUCCUUCUUCACGGAGUGUGAGGGGAAGCCUAUAAAGAGACGCGCAGUGAGUGAGGUGCAGCUGAUGCACAAUUAUGGCGACUUGACGCAUUUCUUACAAAGACAGGAAUGGCUCCAGCUGCAGCUGCAGAAUCUCUACCUGGCCUCUGUCAGCACCCCGCAGGAAUCUACCCCCAAGGUGGCAGAAAACAGGCCUCAAAAGCCAGUGAAAAAAGAGAACAAAACGAAGCAUUUCGCGUAUCCAAACCAACAUACAAACCAGAGAAAAGCCAACAGAAACAACGCAAAGCCUAAUGCAGACUUUGCUUUAAAGCCAGUGGUUCCAUGAGCGCAGAUUAUUUCGGAUUAACCAAAGAGAUC